UAACUUUUGAUGGAGGAGAGCUUGUGUUGACAUUGUAACUGUUUGCUUUCAAAUGCUUAUGGUGGCAACAACGAAGGAUCUGUCAAUCAACCAACUUCCUAGAAAGAUCUAAAUAUCAGAAAACCAUGGGUUUACAAUAAUUAGCUAUAUAUAUUCAAAAGCAUGUGUCUGCAUAAUCUGCAGAAGAGUGACGCUUUAAAUGUAAAUUCUGGAGAACACGGCUUGUCACAACUAAGUUUUACAAAGUGGAAACAAAUAAUGACAGAGAACUAAACGAGUGCAAGUUUUAGGUGAGGAUUUUAAAAAUCACAUUCAUUUUGUUAGACAAAGUUGAGAAAUAGUGGUGAUACAUCAAAGAAAACUAAUUCAGAAAAGAAUUAAUCAUUCUGAAAAUGAUAGGCCGUGCAAAAGAGAUGCUGCUGAUCAUGCUGCUAGUUAAAAAUGUGUUUGCUUCAGGAAAUAAAACAAUAGAUUGCACCAAAUACGAUUAUAAAUACUUCGCUAUACCUGAUAUUCUCUCAAUGCUGAUAUGUUAUAACCACACAAAACAUAUUGUCAAUUGUCCUCCAAAGCAAUUGUAUGUUCCUGGAUACCCACAUUGCACGAGUGCCGAGAAAUACAAAAACAACCAAAACGAUUUGUGUUUGGCGCGAAAAAAGAAAUUGGGCAACAUUCAAAAUCCGUGGAACUGUCAUAGCUUCCUCACUUGCGUUCAUGGCAUUUCGACUGGGGAAAGACCUUGUCAGGAUAAAUCACUCGUUUACAACCCGUAUAAAGACCAAUGCCAGUACUCUUAUCAGUACAAAUGUCAACAAGCAUAAUUUAGUUGAUUAUACAUCUGACUUGUAUUGUAAAUAUUUCGAGCCUUACUUUUUUAAAAGUUGUACAAUACUAAAAAAAAUAGUUUAUUGUGUGUUUGGCUGUGGUG